GAUCCGUGAGUCAAACGUUCGGAGAACCUCGCUCGGACCGGUCGCGUGUGUGAAACGAGCUCAAAUCGUGUUACAUUAAGGCGUACCUUCGUCGCUCUGCAAAAAUUACAAAACAAACCGACCGUUUGUCCAUUGUUGCGGUGUCCGUCUGAUCGUGGUUGGUGACGAUCAUUAACACGGCUGGUGUCACGCCGAAAGGUGCAGAAACACAAAGACAUUACACGGAGGGGACUUGGUGUGCUAGGAGGGACGGUGUGCGCGUGUGUCAAAGGUUAGCGACAACGGCGACGGUGCCAGGGUGUUGCUGUUGCUGCGGCUGCUACCCCAAGGAAUGAGUGUCUGCUGGCCGUGGCCAAAGUCUGCUGGUGUACGGCGGUCCGCGUGAACAGUAUGCGAACACCACCGAUCACCGUUCAGUGACCGAGGUGGUGGAAAAAAGGCAAAACAUGAAACGGUUGAUACCGUGAACGAGCGCGUAGACAGGAGGACGUACCCGCCAGCAGCCCAUCGUCGAGCGCAACUGUCGUGCAAGUGCACCACCACCGUACUCUCCCCGUUUGGCAAGUCAAUUUUGAGCGAGCGAGAGAUCAUCGAUCCGCGAGCAUCGCGACGCAACGCACAAGCACGAAUUCGAGGUCUCCCGGUUUGUGUCCGCCAUUAAGCGAAGCGAACGGUCCGCCCGUGAUUACAUGAUCGCGAUCGCGUCUCCAUCGGUGUGGCCACACAACAAAUCGAAAGCGAUCGUCGGAUAGUCAGUAGCAAGGGGCGCAAGGGAGUGUGAGUGCACCGUGCGUGUGUCCAGAUCCGGGAGAGUGAAAGAGUGUUCGUUAACCUUAGGACACACACCUGUGCCGCCCUGCACAUCGCCCAUCGACGAUCGAUCAUUAAGACGGUUCCUCCGUUCCCCUCGCCCAAAAAUCAAACCGUGACCGCUGACGUCACGGCAACACUUCAUCCAAAACCGGCGACGGCCGUCUAAGUCGAAGGAAGGGGAAGCGAGUGGAGUGGACAAAACAAACGCUUCACUUCAAUCGCCAAGCAGCCCCCCCGGUACGAGCAGAGAAAUCUUCAGAGUACUCUUCUGCGCUUCUUAAAACCGCUGCUGCUGCUGCUGCUGCUGCUCAAUCGUACUCGCUGCCCAAGGGAGCAAACGAAGAGCAAGUAAAUCGACGGCAGAACAAAACCGCGAAGCAGAACGCCGACAGAACGUGAUCUUCUACCAACGAGAUCUCCAGAACCACUUGUCUUGCCACAAAGAACGGGGAAGCCCACCGUGCGAACGAUGCUGAACAGUGAGACGGGUGAGAUGGAGUACGAGUCGGCUGGUGUGUACCAGGACCGGGAACGCAUCUACCUCGACAAGGAAACGGGUGAAGUUAGCAGCUACCGACCGGAACCGGAUCCACGGCAGCGGCGUUCCAAGUUUCUCGUACCGAAGCAAUAUCUGCGCGCUCAGAGUGGCAUUAUCGCCCGGAAACCGUCGAGCCCGUCGGCCGUACCGAGCGUGGCCUGUGCGACUCUCGCCUGCAAGCAAAAGAUGAUUCCGAUGACGAAGGAGGAGAUCACUGUCGGCUACAACAGUAGCGCCCAUCUGAUCUACCUUCUGCCGCUGCUCUUCAUGACGCCGAAGCUGUUCGCGCUGAUCAUCACCCUCGUCGAGGUCAUCCUGCACAUGUGGGCGCACCGUAAGAAUGCUGCUGCCGCCGCCGCCGCCAGCGGUGAUAGUCACCGGCCUGACGUCUACUAUCGCAGCCCGAUGCACGUGGUAACGCGCAACUUUUGCGAAGUCUGUCGCCACGAGCGUCUCAUGGGGCGCGUCGGCAAGCUGCAGGAUGUGCGGCUGAAGCAGAUGCAAAAUUACUUCCGGAAGGUCACGAGAAACAUUGCCUGACAUUCCAUUCCGCGGAGCUGCACCGGCGCUUCAUUUCGUUUUCCGGUUUUUUUCGUUUCAACGUUGCUUGUUAUCACCGCUGUAUGAUAGGUUACACGAUGACAUCCCAGGGGUCGCCUAGCUUCUUAAAUAAGUGUUAGAGUGUGAGUCCCACUUUUACUGAUCAAUAAAGCAGCUAUUGCAACGACGUAGCGUAUACACGUGA